UAAGCAGCAAGAGCUAUAACAAAACUCCAAAAGAGAAGAAAGUUUGUACCGGAAAGCCGGACAAGACGGGUGUGCCGUUGUGGAUGUUGGGGUUGGGUGUGGACCGGCUUCAAGCCGACAUUAACCGCCUUUUAACCUCCCUUUUCCACCAGGGAGUGCUGGACGAGCAGUUCUUGCAGCUGCAGCAACUUCAAGAUGACACCUCACCAACCUUUGUGUACGAUGUCAUUAAUAUCUAUUUCGACGAAUCCGAGAAGUUACUCCGCAACCUUAGAUUAUUGCUGGUGGAUAGAGAAUUCUCGGACUACAAGAAGAUAGGAUUGCAUCUGAAUCAGUUGGUGGGAAGCAGUUCCAGCAUUGGUGCUCGUAGGGUUCGUAACGUCUGCGUUGCCUUUCGCUCUGCUUCCGAGCUUAACAACCGCCCUGGGUGCUUGAGAGGACUGGAGGUAGUAGAGCAUGAGUACCAUUACCUCAAGAAUAUGAUGCAUGAACUCUUCCAGUUGGAGCAGCAGAGGCUAUUAGCUGCGGGAGUCAGAUAUCCUAUGUAGAUGGUUUAAUAACUAUGUUUUGUCAUGAGUAAAAAGUUUCGUUAAUUUAUUAAUGAGAAAGCUAAUUAGUGCGUGUUGUGUUGUAAUUUUUUUCUUGAUGCUUUGUUACUCUCUUCAUAGAUUUCAGUUGUAGUUGCUUUUGUAUCUUUUACCCAUCAUCCUAAAGAAGAAAAAGUUGGGCAAUGGGCGAAAUAAAAGAAGAUAUUGGGCCCACUGUGCGGCCCACAC